AUGACGACUUCGCUAGUUCUGCAUCCACGCUGGGCGGACACCUUGAUGUACGUUUAUGAAAAAAGCCCGAAUGAAAACAACCAGAAUAAAAACCAAACAAUGGAGGGACUGAGCGGUAAUUGCCCUGCGACCCACUGCAGGGACCUGAUGUCGCACCCCGCGCUGGGACGACAUUCUGGCACCAUAGCGACCCACCAGGGCUCCGUCUACUCGGAUAUUUCCUCCACAGACACUGGCCGACAGUGUCCCGCUUCUCAAACAUCAUCAAGUGCAUCUUUGAGUUACGGUUAUCCCUUUGGAAACCCAUAUUACGGCUGCAGAUUAUCUCAUUCGCACAACGUGAACUUGCAGCAGAAGCCUUGCUCGUACCAUCCCGCAGAGAAAUAUGCCGAGCCCAGCACAGCGCUGCCUACGGAAGAGCUGUCUACCAGGGCGAAAGAGUUUGCCUUCUAUCCGAGUUUCGCCAGCUCGUAUCAGGCUGUUCCCGGAUAUCUCGACGUGUCGGUGGUGCCCAGUAUCAGUGCCCACCCUGAACCGCGCCACGACGCCUUGAUUCCCAUGGAGGGCUACCAGCACUGGGCUCUCCCUAAUAGCUGGGAUGGCUACAAAGAGCCAACACAGCCAACUCAUAUUUGGAAAUCACCUUUCCCAGAUGUUGUGCCAUUGCAGCCCGAGGUCAGCAGUUAUCGUCGAGGGCGUAAAAAGCGUGUCCCUUACACCAAAAUCCAGCUCAAGGAACUGGAGAAAGAGUAUGCAGCGAGCAAGUUCAUCACCAAAGACAAGAGAAGGCGCAUCUCGGCCGCCACCAACCUUUCAGAGCGUCAAGUCACCAUCUGGUUCCAAAACCGACGAGUCAAGGAGAAGAAAUUUGUCAGUAAAUCCAAGAACAGUCAUAUGCACACCACUUGA